UGCGCAUGUGCAGUGUAGUUCUGGGUGGACUUCUUUUGAACACUCAAAGUGCACUAACCAUCACCGCAGCUUCGGCAAGAAACCAACACAGAUUAAAUAUGAGCUUCACAGUCGAAGAGAGGGGGAACCCCAAUACACUGAGCUAUCGUUUGUUUUUCAAAAAUUCUGAUGGAAAGUAUGUGUCCCCAUUCCAUGACAUACCCAUGUACGCUGAUGAGAGCCAGAACAUUUUCCAUGUGGUUGUUGAAGUACCAAGAUGGACCAACUCAAAGAUGGAGAUUGCGACCAAAGACCCCCUGAAUCCGAUCAAGCAGGAUGUGAAGAAAGGGAACCUGCGUUAUGUCGCCAACGUUUUCCCCCACAAAGGCUACAUCUGGAACUAUGGAGCAAUACCUCAGACAUGGGAGGACCCCGGGCACAAAGAUGGAGACACUGGCUGCUGUGGUGACAACGACCCAAUUGACGUCUGUGAAAUCGGUACCAAGGUGUGUUCGCGUGGUGAAGUGAUCAAGGUGAAGGUACUGGGGGUUUUGGCCAUGAUCGACGAGGGGGAGACUGACUGGAAAGUCAUGGCCAUCAACGUGGAAGACCCUGAAGCUAAGGACCUGAACGACAUCAGUGACAUCCAGAGGCUGAAGCCAGGUUACUUGGAGGCCACGGUGGACUGGUUCAGGAGGUACAAGGUACCAGACGGGAAACCAGAGAACCAGUUCGCCUUCAACGGAGCGUUCAAAGACAAGGACUUUGCCAUUGAGACAAUCAAGAGCACCCAUGGCUUCUGGAAGGCACUUAUCUCUGAAAAGGCCAAUGCUGGAGGACUCAACUGUAAAAACACGUGCGUGUCGGCGGAAGACAGCCCCUUCUGCUGCUCUACGGACGAGGCCAAGGCUGUCGUAGGCAGGACAAGCCCUUGUGGAACUGAAGAUCACAUCCCCUGCUCAGUGGAUAAAUGGUUCUACUAUGAGAAGAAGUAACUUUGCAAAGGAGACUCAACGGACCAGAAGUGUCUCAUCUUGUUUAGCUAGCAUACUUGAAGAUAAUAGUCCAUGGUUGUGGGUGUGACUGAGAAAAAAUAGACUCUUCUUCACACUCAGAAGAUGAGAGGAGAUAGAAGGACAAAGAGUAAUGAAAUCAUGUCUUAGGAAAUGCAUUUUCCCUGUUAUUUAACGAAGGUCUCAUUGGGGAUGUGCUGUCCAACAGCUGGCACUGGUAGUGUGCUAGCUAUAGCUACUCAUGCACUGUAUGCCAGGAUCAUCUCAAUCACCUUUUAUUAAAGCUUUUUCUGUUGAAAAAA